GGGCGGCAGUCUCAUCCGCUGAUAGCAUUUAGUCUCAAAAUAGCAAACACGGCGUGAGGCGUGCAGGAAAAGAUUGUUUUCGAAGACUGACGCCCUACAGAAGAAGCAAGUCUCGGAGAGUAGAAUCUGUAAACACAGACGUUAAAUGGAAAAGAAUUUACCUGUUCCUUUGGCGUGAGAUCCUCUCGCUGUUCUAACUGGCUGACGUCCAAGCGCUUGCGCAGUCGUGCCUCAAUCCCUUCUGAUCCCUCUAUGAAGGUACUCAAAGAUAAAGAAUGGCAUUCUGGAGUGAGAUAAUGAAACAUCAACAGUUCCUUCCUCGGUUCCAGGAAUUGUAUGAAAAACAUUUCCCCAUUGAAGUCAGACAUUAUCUUGCCGAAUGGAUAGAGCAACAGCCAUGGAGUUCCAUUAACAGAAACCCUUCCCAUGAAAGCCUUGCUCGAAAUCUAUUAGACACAAUGGUGUCUGAAUUACGGAAAGUAGCAAAUCACAUGUCAUAUCCAGUAAAUUGCAAGCUGAAUGAAUAUGCAGCUUACUUCAAGAAUAUGUUUGAUCACCAGCCUUUGGAAUUCGUGAAUACCAUGAACUACCUCUUGAUGCAAGAAAAUACAUUGUUUCAGGAGCUUCAGCAGAGCAGUGUCAAUAUUGGUCUACCUAACCCUUUACCAGCCCAAACUUUUCCAACCACCAGCAGCGAAAGGAUGAAGCAAGACGAUGCAAAUGUAGUACAGCAGUUAACUUUAUUGAACAAUCUAAUCAAGAACAUUCAGAUGUACCGCAGUGCAAUUCAACAAAUCAAUGAGUCUGUUGAACGUGAGCAGCAACAACCGUCACGGUGUUUCCAGACUCAGCCGCACCUGCCGCAAGCAAAUAGCCCACUACCAGAAUUCACCAAGCAGGAGGAGCGCAUAAAGCAGCAGAAGAGCACACGGGACGAUCAUAGAAGGGAGAGAAAUUACAGCAUCUUGGAAGCGGUACGAUCUCUGGAACAGGCCCAAGGCCUUGUGCUGACUAUGAUUCAGGACUGGAAACGACGACUUCAGCUGUCAGGAAAUGGUGCCUACUUUGAGGACAACCUGGGGUCACUUCAGGAAUGGUGUGAUAAACUUGCAGAAAUGAACUGUCAGAUUCAGCAAGAAUUUGGGCUGAUUAGCUCACAGGAAGACGUUGCUAUUGACCAGAUAUCAGGAGUGCCCGAGAAGCUCUCCUCCUUACUCAAUAACUUGGUUAGAAGUGCAUUUCUUGUGGAAAAGCAGCCUCCACAGGUUCUAAAGACUCAGAGUAAGUUUUCAUCGACAGUUCGAUUUCUACUUGGAGUGAGGCUGAAUGCCCAAGCAAAGCCUCCUCUUGUGAAAGCAAUAAUCAUUACAGAGCAACAAGCCAGAGUUAUGAGACAACAUGGGAAUAUACAGAGUGAAAACACGGGAGAAAUCAUGAACAGUACCAGCUUACUGGAAUUUAGUAAUGCUACAAAAACCACCAGUGCCAGCUUCAGGAAUAUGUCCUUAAAGAAAAUAAAACGCUCGGAUCGCAGAGGAACUGAGUCAGUAACUGAGGAAAAGUUUGCUGUCCUGUUUUCUUCAGAACUCUGCAUCGCAGGCAGUGAAGUGAAAUACCAUGUUCAGGCCUUAUCGCUACCUAUUGUGGUAAUUGUUCAUGGCAGUCAAGACAACAAUGCUACUGCCACAAUCUUGUGGGACAAUGCAUUCUCUGAGAUUGAACGAUUACCCUUCUAUGUACCAGACAGGGUGUCAUGGUCUCAAAUGUGUGACACCCUCAAUAUGAAAUUUAUGGCUGAAGUGCAGUCAACUCAGGGCUUGUGCAAACAGCACUUUGUUUUCCUGGCACAGAAGAUAUUUGAUGAGCAGAGUUUCAGCAUGGAAGAAUUCACAAACAGGAUGGUUUCUUGGACUCAGUUUAACAAGGAAAACCUACCUGGAAGAACAUUCACUUUCUGGCAAUGGUUUGAUGGUGUGAUGGAGCUCACUAAGAAACAUUUGAAGGAUUACUGGAAUAAUGGGUUGAUCCUUGGUUUUGUAAGCAAGCAGUAUGCCCUCAGGCUACUCAAUCAACAGGUGAAUGGGACCUUUCUCCUUCGCUUCAGUGACUCUGAGAUUGGAGGGAUUACAAUAGCAUGGAUUGACAAUUCUGAUAAGGGAGGCAGACAGGUGUUCAACGUACAGCCUUUCACUACAAAGGAUUUAACCAUUCGAUCGCUGGGAGACCGUGUCCGAGAUAUUGAACGUUUGCUUUACCUGUUUCCCAGCAGGCCCAAAGAUGAAACUUUCAAGAAGUAUUACACAAAGGAAGCAAAGGGAAAAGAUGGCUAUCUCCAUGCUGGUGUAAAAACUACAGUGAAUGGUGAACAAACACAAAUGGUGGUGCCAACCAUGCUGCCCUCACCAGUGGCUCAGCCAUCUGGUGUGUGUUCUACACCUGAUAUCUCAAGAUGGCCACAGCUUCCGUGCAACCCAAGCAACAUCAACUAUGAGAAGGGAGACACUCCAGUUGCCCCUCCCAUUCCACUGUCUCCAGAUAUAAUGAUUGCCAUUAACCAGGAUGAAGAUUUUCCAAAUGCAAUUCCAGGAAGUCAUCUUAUUAAUCCAUUUCAAAGUGGAAGUAACAUGGAGGUGAACAACUAUUAUGAAGGAGAUCAUCAGUUUGUAAGAAGUGCUGAAAACCUUCCUACACCUUCUGAUUUGGAACUGAGUGCACUUCUGAACAUAAACCCAAUGGAUAUUGUAAAUACAUCUGAGUUUUGAGAUAUCAGUGAGUUUAGGAACAAGUGCUGUCAAGCACAAAUUAUACAGGAGCCUUCUUGUUUAAAGGAAGGCUAAUUAUGUCAGUGAUUUGAGCUUCAAAUUAAGAUUUCUGUUGAGUCCAUAAUGCAAUUUCCUGUACAAAUUAGAGAUUCACUGUUAAGUGCAUUUUAGCCAGCAGUUAAUAAGCCAUUUGAUAAAUCUCUCAUUGGUGAUCCCCCUGUUUCCGGGCACACUCCGAAUAUUAACUGCAUUGCUUUGGGGAGACACCAGUGGAGGGCAGGUACUCGUGUUCAAAUCUGUGGCUGGAACAACACUGCUGGCAAGUUUGGGCACCUUGUGUCUUUUAAAUGGAAAGAAACUUACCAUAAAGUUACUUAGUAUAGAAAAUUUAGUACACCUAAAUCUGCUUAAGACAAUAUUUUCAGAAAUCAUUUAAUAAAAUAUUGGAUGAGUUUAGGCCAGAAUAAAGUUCACUCAUUUCCAACAGUUUGUAAUGAUGAGUUAAUACAACAUGCUCAAAAAAGUGUGAAAUGUGUUGUUUCCUUGCUAUAAGUUUAACAAGAUGUAUUGAUUUUUAUUUUCAGCUAAUGUAGUCAGGUUGAUGUGCUGUUUUAUAGCAUUUAUUAAGCCCAGCAGAAUAUCCUACUCCAGUGUCUCAUUCGUUUAUGUAGCUAACAAAUACAUCAGAUAAGUAACACAAAGUGAGAACUUUACUUCUUGAAUGCAAAUAAUCGCAAUUCAAAUUAAUUGAAGUACUAGAAAUAUAAACUAUACUAAAUCAAUAUCUUGCAUCUGGAACAGUCGUUAUCUAUUGGCAAACACAUAUGGCACAGAGAAGCUUUAUCUUCAAAUUAAUUAGGUAAAGGACAUCAUUGCAUGCUUAUGAUUAAUUGAUGAUAAACAUACAAUUAAUUCAAAAUAAGUUUGGAUAGUUAACAAGGAGAAACAUACAAUUGAUGGAGCAAAGACAAAUGUUCUUAUACAAGACUACUGUUCUACGGUGGCAAUAGCAAUAGUCUUUUUAAUAAGUAGUGUUUGUGAUUUUGGUGUGUGCAGGAUGCAAGUACCAGUGGUUGUCCAGGAGAACUAUUUGUGAUGUGGGGGAGCGAUUGAGAAUGACAACGCGCUAACUCAAAUUUUUAGUUGACUUGUGUGAGGUUACUAUGUAAUCUACUUCUGCUUUGCACAUUAUUCAGCAAAUAAAAAUAAAACUUACAACUUUUGAUAGGAAUCAAUGAUAUAGAGAAUAUUUUAAAAUGCCAGUUUGGGGCAAGAACACUUACAUUGAAGCACGUUACGGGAAUUUUUUUUGCCAUUGCAAAUUAUAAACCUUGUAUGGAGGUUGAAUAGUUUAUUUGGAGUUAACUUGGUUUGUACACAAAUUAAGAAUAUAAUGAAGCAAAAAUAUUACAUUUCUAGCUCUUCCUGUUUUCCACGAUACACUUUAUCCUAUCAUGAAGUCUAUCUAGCUUUCUAAUCUUGUGAGGAGUUGUUCUGUAUAAAUAAUCAUUGAUUCCAACAGGUACACGUUCAUUUUCACUUUUCACUAUUCAGCCCCAACUUGCAGCAUUCCAAAGAGAGCAUUCCCUUGUCCCUCUUCUCUAAGUUAUUUCAGACUCUCGGUUUUCUAAGAAAUCUGCUGGUCACUGGUUCAGCUUGUGAUAUUACAUUGCUUUAUAGGUCAUUGCUUCACAAUGGCUGCCCAAAACGAUGUUGUCCAUAGAUGUAGUUAUAUGAUGUGGUGUCAGUUUUUGUAAUCCACUGUACAUACUAUGUUAUCAUACUCCCAAAUAUAUUGGAAUCUCCUGGGGGCUUUAUCCUAUAGUAUAGGGUAUUUUUCCACUUCAAACAUUGAUGUAUUUAGAUAGUGUUCUGUAUUGGUCAAAAGCAUACUAUCUUAUUUCUCCAUUUGUUCUUACCAUUUAGCAGAAAAUGUAUUCUUACAAAGUGACUGCUGAAAACCUUUCCAGCUUGUAAGAAAAAAAUAAGAAUAAAACUCCUAGAUUCUGGA